AUGCCUGCUCGAAUAGUUCAACAACCCUCUAACCCCUAUGCGAGGUCUUCCUACGUCUACGACGAUGAUAGAGGCAGAGAACGCGAUUAUUCAGAUCGAGUAGCAUCUUACUCGUCGCCACGCCGAGGCUCAGUGUACGACUACGCGUCCGCAUACGAGGAUGACAGGCGUUAUCAUUCAAGAGAGCGUGGUCGCCACGUUAGCGCCGAGGAACUUGACCGACAGCGACGGUCUAACGAAGCGAGUCUUCCAGAAAGAGUCGUCAUCAUACCCCUCACAUUAUUGAAGAAUCGCGCCCCCCCGUCAGUUCCCGCGGUCAAAGGGAGGCUGCAGAUCUUGCCUACGGUCCAGCUCCCUCACGCAGAGACUCGACUUCUUCCCGAAGAAGUCGGUCAACAAGUCGAUUCAGUCGGUGGUUUGGAGGCCGGCUUCGUGCGUCGCAUGUCUCGAGGAGACAUCGCCGUCAAGGACCGCCGAUUUGAAAUGUGGUCAUCGAAUGUGCAACUCGUGUCUCCGCCUCAAGAACCCAUUCCGCUCCGCUACGUGGAGCAGCUUUUUGAUGCAGACUUCAAAAAGAUUUGGAAUCGCAAGUUUUCCGAGUAUACCACGCGCAACCGUCUUUACUGUCCGUCCCGGAAAUGCGGCGAGUGGAUCAUGCCCGACUCGAUUCGGAGAGAAAAUGGUCGCAAGGUAGCGCGAUGCGGCCGCUGCAAGACAAAGGUCUGCGGCUCCUGCGGCUUAAACUAUCACUCUUCAACAACAUGCCCAAAUGACGAGGCUACCAACAAGUUUCUCAGCCAGGCCCAAGACGAGGGUUGGAAGCGAUGUUAUCGAUGCCAAGCCGUGGUUGAGCUGCGAGAAGGUUGCAACCACAUGACCUGGUGA